AGCAGCCCCGCCAGGCAGCCUCACCCCAGUUAUCCAGGAGGAAGAUGGGAGGAUCUCAGCCGCCUGUGAUGCUGCCGUCCCCCGUCGCCCCGUGGCCCCAUGAUGACCCACAGCCCCGCGUCAAGCGAGGACGAGGAACGCCACAGUGCCAGCGAGUGUCCCGAGGGGGGCUCAGAGUCCGACAGCUCCCCAGACGGGCCCAGGAGAGGCCCCCGGGGGACCCGGGGCCGGGGCAGCGGGGGACCUGGUAGCCUGGCCUCGGUUCGAGGCCUCCAGGGCCGCUCCAUGUCUGUCCCAGACGACGCCCACUUCAGCAUGAUGGUCUUUAGGAUUGGCAUCCCUGACCUGCACCAGACAAAAUGCCUGCGCUUCAACCCAGAUGCCACCAUCUGGACGGCCAAGCAGCAGGUGCUCUGUGCCCUGAGCGAGAGCCUGCAGGAUGUCCUCAACUACGGCCUGUUCCAGCCGGCCACGUCGGGCCGCGAUGCCAACUUCCUGGAGGAGGAACGGCUGCUGCGGGAGUACCCCCAGUCCUUUGAGAAGGGAGUGCCCUACCUGGAGUUCCGAUACAAGACCCGAGUUUACAAACAGACCAACCUGGAUGAGAAGCAGCUGGCCAAGUUGCACACGAAGACGGGGUUGAAGAAGUUCCUGGAGUACGUGCAGCUCGGGACAUCCGAUAAGGUGGCACGGCUGCUGGACAAGGGGCUGGACCCCAAUUAUCAUGACUCGGAUUCAGGAGAGACCCCCCUGACGCUGGCUGCCCAGACAGAAGGCUCUGUAGAGGUGAUUCGAACCCUGUGCCUGGGCGGGGCCCACAUCGACUUCCGGGCCCGGGAUGGCAUGACAGCGCUACACAAGGCCGCGUGUGCCCGUCACUGCCUCGCUCUCACGGCGCUCCUGGAUCUUGGGGGUUCCCCCAACUACAAGGACCGCCGGGGGCUGACUCCUCUGUUCCAUACGGCUAUGGUGGGGGGCGACCCCCGCUGCUGUGAGCUGCUCCUGUACAACAGGGCCCAGCUGGGCAUAGCUGAUGAGAACGGCUGGCAGGAGAUCCACCAGGCCUGCCAGAGGGGCCAUUCUCAGCACCUGGAACACCUGCUCUUCUAUGGGGCUGAGCCUGGAGCCCAGAACGCCUCGGGGAACACGGCCCUGCACAUCUGCGCCCUCUACAAUAAGGAGACGUGUGCUAGGAUACUCCUCUACCGAGGAGCCGACAAGGAUGUGAAGAAUAACAGCGGCCAGACCCCCUUCCAGGUGGCAGUGAUUGCUGGGAAUUUUGAACUUGGGGAGCUGAUCCGAAACCAUCGAGAACAGGACGUGGUGCCCUUCCAGGAGUCCCCCAAGUACGCAGCCCGGCGACGGGGACCCCCCGGCGUGGGGCUGACGGUGCCCCCCGCGCUGCUGCGGGCCAACAGCGAUACCAGCAUGGCCCUGCCUGACUGGAUGGUGUUCGCCGCCCCGGGGACCUCGUCCGCCGGGGCCCCCGGCCCUACCUCAGGGCCCCAGGGCCAGCCGCAGCCCUCGGCCCCCAGCACCAAGCUCAGCAGUGGGACCCUCCGCAGUGCCAGCAGCCCCCGGGGCGCCCGGGCCCGCUCCCCAUCCCGAGGGAGGCACCCCGAGGAGGCCAAGAGGCAGCCGCGUGGACGGCCCAGCUCCAGCGGGACACCCCGGGAAGGGCCAGCUGGGGGCACCGGGGGCUCCGGGGGCCCCGGGGGCUCCCUGGGCAGCCGCGGGAGACGCCGGAAGCUCUACUCAGCGGUCCCCGGACGUUCCUUCAUGGCUGUGAAGUCCUACCAGGCCCAAGCCGAGGGGGAGAUCUCCCUAAGCAAGGGCGAGAAGAUCAAAGUGCUUAGCAUCGGGGAAGGAGGCUUCUGGGAAGGCCAGGUCAAAGGUCGCAUCGGCUGGUUCCCCUCUGACUGCCUGGAAGAGGUGGCCAACCGCUCCCAGGAGGCAAAGCAAGAAAGCCGAAGUGACAAGGCAAAGAGACUAUUCCGGCAUUAUACCGUGGGCUCCUACGACAGCUUUGAUGCCCCAAGUGAUUACAUCAUCAAGGAGAAGACAGUUCUGCUGCAGAAGAAGGACAGUGAGGGGUUUGGGUUCGUGCUCCGGGGGGCCAAGGCGCAGACCCCCAUCGAGGAGUUCACCCCCACCCCGGCCUUCCCGGCGCUGCAGUAUCUGGAGUCGGUGGACGAGGGUGGCGUGGCAUGGCGAGCUGGACUGCGAAUGGGAGACUUCCUCAUUGAGGUGAACGGGCAGAAUGUGGUGAAGGUCGGCCACCGGCAGGUGGUGAACAUGAUCCGCCAGGGGGGCAACACGCUGAUGGUCAAGGUGGUGAUGGUCACCAGGCACCCGGACAUGGAUGAGGCUGUGCAUAAGAAAGCACCGCCGCAGGCUAAGCGGCUCCCGCCUCCAACCAUCUCCCUGCGGUCCAAGUCUAUGACCUCAGAGCUGGAGGAGCUGGAGUACGAGCAGCAAGUUGCGCCGGUGCCCAGCGUGGAGAAAAAGCGGACCGUGUACCAGAUGGCUCUCAACAAACUGGAUGAAAUUUUGGCGGCCGCUCAGCAGACCAUCAGUGCAAGUGAGAGUCCUGGGCCUGGUGGCCUCGCGUCCCUGGGCAAACACCGACCGAAGGGCUUCUUUGCCACUGAGUCGAGCUUUGAUCCCCACCACCGCUCCCAGCCAAGUUAUGAACGUCCUUCUUACCUGCCUCCAGGACCUGGGCUUAUGCUCCGGCAAAAGUCUAUUGGGGCUGCAGAAGAUGAGAGACCCUACCUAGCACCCCCAGCCAUGAAGUUCAGCCGCAGCCUGUCUGUGCCUGGUUCGGAGGACAUCCCGCCGCCGCCCACCACGUCCCCACCAGAGCCCCCCUACAGCACACCUCCAGCCCCCUCUUCCUCCGGCCGCCUCACUCCCUCUCCCCGGGGAGCGCCCUUCAACCCCGGCUCAGGUGUCCCCCACCCCGCCUCGUCACCGUCGUCCUUCGAUGGGCCCUGCCCUCCUGAGAGCCGUGUAGGGAGCCGUGAGAAGAGCUUGUACCACGGCGGGGCCCUGCCCCCUGUGCACCACCCGCCCCCCACACACCAGCCGCACGCUCCGCUCCCCCAGCCACACCACCACCACGCCCACCCGCCGCAUCCCCCGGAGAUGGAGACAGGCGGCUCCCCCGAUGACCCCCCACCGCGACUGGCUCUGGGGCCCCAGCCCAGCCUGCGAGGCUGGCGGGGCGGCGGGCCCAGCGCGACCCCGGGGGCCCUGUCCCCGUCGCACCACGGCAGCGGGGGCGGGGUUAGCGGCUCCUCCCAGGCCCCGGCCCUGCGCUACUUCCAGCUGCCUCCCCGGGCGGCCAGCGCGGCCAUGUACGUGCCGGCCCGUUCGGGCCGCGGGCGCAAGGGCCCGCUCGUCAAGCAGACCAAAGUCGAAGGCGAGCCCCAGAAGGGCAGCGGCCUUCCGCCCACGCCCUCGCCCACGUCUCCGGCGUCCCCGCAGCCGCCGCCGGCCGCGGCCGCCCCGUCGGAAAAGAACUCCAUCCCCAUCCCCACCAUCAUCAUCAAGGCUCCAUCCACCAGUAGCAGCGGCCGCAGCAGCCAGGGCAGCAGCACCGAGGCGGAGCCCCCGACCCAGCCCGAGACCGGGGGCGGCGGCGGAGGGGGCGGCGGCGGCGGCGGCUCCUCCGCGCCGAGCCCCGCCCCGGCCAUGUCGCCAGUGCCGCCGCCCCCCUCGCCCGUGCCCGCCCCCGCCUCGCCCAGCGGCCCGGCCACCCUCGACUUCACCAGCCAGUUCGGAGCGGCCCUGGUCGGGGCGGCUCGGAGAGAAGGGGGCUGGCAGAACGAAGCCCGCCGGCGGUCUACGCUCUUCCUUUCCACCGACACGGGGGACGAAGAGGGCGGCGAGAGCUCGCUGGGCCCGGGGGCGCCCCCGGGCCCCCGGCUGCGCCACUCCAAAUCCAUCGAUGAAGGCAUGUUUUCGGCCGAGCCCUACCUCCGGCUGGAGUCCGCAGGCGCCGGAAGCGGCGGCGGCUACGGGGGCUACGGAGCCGGCAGCCGAGCCUACGGGAGCAGCGGAGGCAGCAGCGCCUUCACCAGCUUCCUGCCGCCGCGCCCCCUGGUCCACCCGCUGACCGGCAAGGCCCUGGACCCAGCCUCCCCGCUCGGGCUGGCCCUGGCCGCCCGAGAGCGGGCGCUGAAGGAGUCCGCGGAGGGCGGUGGGGCCCCCCAGCCCCCUCCGAGGCCCCCGUCGCCCCGCUACGAGGCUCCGCCGCCCACGCCGCACCACCACUCGCCCCACGCCCACCACGAGCCGGUGCUGCGUCUCUGGGGAGCCCCCCCGCCGGACCCGGCGCGCCGGGAGCUGGGCUACCGGGCCGGGCUGGGCAGCCAGGAGAAGUCCCUUCCGGCCAGCCCGCCAGCUGCCCGACGCUCCCUGCUGCACCGCCUGCCGCCCACCGCCCCCGGGGUCGGGCCCCUCCUGCUGCAGCUGGGGUCCGAGCCCCCCGCCCCGCACCCCGGGGUGAGCAAACCCUGGAGGUCCGCAGCCCCGGAGGAGCCCGAGCGGCUGCCCCUCCACGUGCGGUUCCUCGAGAACUGCCAGCCCCGGGCCGGUGGGGCGGGGGGCAGGGGGCCCCCCUCGGAGGACGGGCCGGGGAUCCCGCCGCCCAGCUCUCGCCGGUCCGUGCCCCCCUCGCCGACCUCCCCGCGGGGCAGUGACGAGAACGGGCUCCCCCUGCUGGUCCUGCCGCCCCCCGCCCCCUCGGUGGACGUGGAAGACGGCGAAUUUCUCUUUGUGGAACCGCUGCCCCCGCCCCUGGAGUUCUCCAACAGCUUUGAGAAGCCCGAAUCGCCCCUCACGCCGGGGCCGCCCCACCCGCUGCCGGACCCACCCACCGCGGCCAGCCCAGCGCCCCCUGCGCCGCCCCCUGCCGUGGCCGCCGCCCCUCCCACGCUGGACUCCACCGCAUCCAGCCUGACUUCCUAUGACAGCGAGGUGGCCACGCUGACCCAGGCGGGCCCCGCAGCUGCUGGGGACGCGCCUCCGCCGGGCCCAGCAGCCCCAGCCGCCCCGCCUCCCCCUGCCCCGCAGCCUGGCCCAGAUCCUCCAGCUGGUACAGAUUCUGGUAUCGAGGAGGUGGACAGUCGGAGCAGCAGUGACCACCCGCUGGAGACCAUCAGCAGCGCGUCCACGCUGAGCAGCCUGUCUGCCGAAGGCGGGGCUGGCGGCGGGGUGGCCAGUGUGGCCAGUGGGCCGGAGCUUCUGGACACGUAUGUGGCCUACCUGGACGGCCAGGCCUUCGGGGGCAGCGGUCCUCCUGGCCCACCAUACCCGCCGCAGCUCAUGACUCCCUCUAAGCUCCGGGGCCGGGCGCUUGGGGCCAGUGGAGGCCUGCGGCCCGGCCCCGGUGGGGGACUCCGAGACCCUGUCACUCCCACCAGCCCCACCGUCUCGGUGACGGGGGCUGGAACCGAUGGGCUGCUGGCCCUGAGUGGUUGCUCAGGACCUUCGAUGGCAGGUGUGGCCGGCGGUCCAGGGGCUGUAGAGCCAGAAGGCCCACCGGUGCCCUUGCCAUCCGCCUCCUCCCUGCCUCGGAAGCUGCUGCCCUGGGAGGAGGGCCCGGGUCCACCACCACCACCCCUGCCUGGGCCCUUAGCCCAGCCUCAGGCCUCAGCCUUGGCCACAGUAAAAGCCAGCAUCAUCAGUGAACUCAGCUCCAAGCUUCAGCAGUUUGGGGGCUCCUCGGCAGCUGGCGGCGCUCUGCCCUGGGCCCGGGGAGGCGGCGGGGGAAGCGGGGACGGCCACCACGGGGGAGCCAGCUACGUCCCAGAGAGGACUUCCUCCCUGCAGCGGCAGAGACUCUCGGAAGACUCCCAGCCCUCGCUUCUCUCCAAACCUGUCAGCAGCCUGUUUCAGAACUGGUCCAAAGCGCCUCUGCCGCCCCUCCCCACAGGAGGCGGGGGCUCCGCUUCGGCCGCUGCGGCCCCGGGGGCCACCUCGCCGUCGGCCACCUCCUCCUCCACGUCCGCCCGCCACCUCCAGGGCGUGGAGUUCGAGAUGCGGCCACCUUUGCUCCGCCGGGCCCCGAGCCCGUCCCUGCUGCCCGCCUCGGAGCACAAGGUCAGCCCCGCGCCCCGGCCCUCCUCCCUACCCAUCCUGCCUGCUGGACCGCUCUACCCGGGCCUCUUUGACAUCCGCGGCUCCCCCACCGGAGGGGCAGGAGGCUCGGCUGACCCCUUCGCCCCUGUCUUUGUGCCACCGCACCCCGGGAUGUCCGGGGGUCUCGGCGGGGCCUUGUCAGGGGCCUCGCGCUCCCUCUCACCGACCCGCCUGCUCUCCCUGCCCCCGGACAAGCCGUUCAGCGCUAAACCUCUGGGGUUCUGGACCAAGUUCGACGUGGCCGAUUGGCUCGAGUGGCUGGGCUUGUCUGAGCACCGAGCCCGGUUCCUGGACCACGAGAUCGAUGGCUCCCACCUGCCCGCCUUGACCAAGGAGGACUACGUCGAUCUGGGGGUGACCAGGGUGGGCCACCGCAUGAACAUCGACCGGGCUCUCAAAUUUUUCCUGGAGAGGUGAUGGCUGGCCCGGACGGACCAGCCCGUCCACGGAACCCUUGAGCCUGCUGGCCUCUUGACCUCUGAACCCUGACCUUCAUUCUCUCCCCGGGCCAGGGACUCUGCUAAAACUGCACCCUGACUCGUCUCCCAAGGCCGGAGGUCACCAGGUGGCCUGAUCUGGCCAGACAUUGGCACCUCACAGGAGGGGGCAGCUGACACAAGACUGUGUGUG